AUGAUCACUGAAUCUUCAGAUGCCCGUAAGGGCACCACAUCCGAACACCAGGAGUCUAGGAAGCAAAGUCAAGAAGAUCCAGCAAGGGAAGAAGGCAGCCCACACAGUGCAGCGGUUCUGCAUUGCACCGAAAGCGCCAGUGAAACCAACACUCCCAUAAAGCUCGAAUGGGCUUUCGGCUUCGACAAGGGCAUUCGAAAUGGCGUGCACAGUCUUUCAAGAGGCCCGAACUCGGAGAAAGCAAUUUUUUUCCCUGCAUCCAAUACUGGUGUAAUUCAUAUGUACAAUGAAGAGGGACUGAAAACCAAAGCCGAGAGGCAAGUGCUUCUGCGAGGCCACAUCAACCACAUAUCAGUUGAUUUCACGCCCGAUGCAAAGCUUAUCGUUACGCUGUCGGCGCUUAUCCCCGAAGCAUACAUCAUCGGAAGAGCACCUUCUCAGGAGGCAUCUAAUUACGAAGAUUCAACAAUUCAGGACGCCCUGAAGGCUACAGAAACUUCCGACGCUCCUCAAGAGAAUGAGAACAGUCUUGAAGCUGACAUCUACCAGGGAGAAUGCGCCGUUGAGAGUUGCGGUUAUCGCCACCCCAGAUAUCCAAGCACAACGGAUGGGGACGUGGUAAUGUGGAACCUGAGUCUUAUUCUUGACGGGCUUAGCAGGCCUGAUGAGCGCCGGGCAGUGUCAAUCCUUAGGUUGCGAGACUCAUGCGUCACUUGCUUACAAACAGUUCAAGACCGUUUAAUCGUUGCAGGCUUCGCUGAUGGAACAGUUUGUUUCUAUGACGUGCAGCUUCGACUUGUCAGGUGCUUCGAAGAUCUGGAUGCUUGUACAUUUAGUGAAGAUUCGGCUCAUCUCGCUGUUGCCUAUGCGGACAAUAUCGUUUGCCUGUUUCGUUACGACUGCCGCAUGGGAAAUCCGCAGUAUCCCGAGGAGUGGACAUUUGCAGAGAAGUAUCUGAUGCAGAACAGCUUUGUCGGCAAAUGUAAAAACCGUUUGAGACCUGCAGCACUGCCAUUUCAGGGAAGCAUUGCUCACACUAUCGAAGGAUCUGCGGCCUUUCUUUCGCACAUGCCCAAGGAGAGCCUACAGUCAUGCAGAUUCAACAGCCGGCUGCCGGCGGGCCAACAACAGCCGCUCUUGUGGGUGGAGUGCAGUCUUUCACAUCGCGGCCAGCCCAACAGCCUCUUCCGACGGCAUCUCCUCACCUUUACAGUCAGGGCUAUCCGCGCCUUUUUAGCGUUGGCGAAGACCGCGUUCUUAUCGAAUAUGAUGUUCCGAAUUCAUUUGAGCACACAGUCUGGAGAAACGGAUACCGAGGUCCUUGUUUAUUCAACGGAAGCCAAGGCGACAGUGUGGAGCGCAAACUCUAUGGCUUGCGUGAAGACUGCCUCUGUUGCAAUGGGGAACGGGGGCGUCCUGAGGUUGGCUCUGAUGCAAGAUUGGACCCAAAGUGCAGGAACAAGAAGCCGAUUUGGGUAA